GUGGUCUGCGGCCGCAUGAUGGCGGAUGCUGGAGAAGACUCCAGAGCGCUCUUCCGGGCUGGCGUCCGCGCGGCGCUGGAGGCCUGGCCGGCCUUGCAGAUCGCUGUGGAGAAUGGCUUUGGGGGCGUGCACAGCCAGGAGAAGGCUGAGUGGCUGGGGGUUGCAGUGGAGGAGUACUUUUUCCGCAAUGGGCCCUGUCCUUUCCUACUCAGCUGACUUGGAGCUAGAUGAGGUGGAGGACUUCCUCGGGGAGCUCAUGACGAAUGAGUUUGAUACAGUUGUGGAGGAUGGAAGUCUGCCCCAGGUGAGCCAGCAGCUGCAGACCAUGUUCUACCACUUCCAGAGGGGUGAUGGGGCUGCUCUGAAGGAGAUGGCCUCCCACAUCACCCAAAGAAAGUGCAAGGUCAGAGCCACUGCACUUACGCCAGCCAGAGAGACUGAUGAGGAUGAGGAUGCGGACAGCGUGGAGGAGAUGGAGGUCACAGCCACGAAUGAUGGGGCAGCUACAGAUGGGGUCUGCCCCCAGCCUGAGCCCUCUGGUCCAGACUGCCAGACUAUUAAGGAAGAGGAUAUAGUGGAGGAUGGCUGGACCAUAGUCCGGAGAAAAAAAUGAGUGGGGCUGGAAAUGGUUUGGGCCCUUGUUUACUAGUUGUUUUGAGAUUUGUUUGUAGGGUUUUUUGGAGGGUUGUGGACUCCGGACUGGUUACCUGAUCUCUACCUGCUCCCCAUUCCUCCGUCCAGCUCCCUCCAGGGGAAGAAGAGCCCUAGGGUCCUUGGUCUUGGGGUGGUGAGACCUGGUUCACCACACCCUCUUGGGCCUUACGUUACUAUCUGAGUAAUGAGGCCUGGUUUCCCAGCACAGUGCCUCUUGGGUGCAGUCACUGUGAAGAGGGAGGGAUGAGUGGGUGUGGGUGUGGCUGGAGGAGAAGCUAAAUGCUGGUUGACAGUGGGCAGGUGGAUUUGUGAAGGGAGAGGACCAGCAGGAGAACCAAUACUCAGCAUUAGAGAAACCAGUACUCUUGCUCGAUCAGGAAUGGUGAGAUGAACAUGCAAACGGACGAGAGAUUAAAUACGUGAACGAAAGUAGCUGUGGGUACCUCUCCCUCUUCUCCCCCACCCCCUACACACACACACAGCAGCUCUGUAUCCCUGCCCAGAAAUUGGGACCUCUCAGAAACGUUCACUUCCUGCAGCCCAGCCUCCAGCCCUGGGUUCCUUCAGGAAGUCUAAGACCUUGGCUAGGUGGGGAGCUUGGGGGACCUGGGCUUUGUUUUCUCUCUCUUCCAACCUCUUUCCAAACUCUUCAUCCCAUCCAAGUCCAGUCAUGAGGCUUAAGACCUCAAUAAAUACCUUAUUGUUUAA